AUGAAGGAUUUCUUGUCGCGUGCCAACAUUCCUAACUUCGACGCCAGCGCAUACAUCGAGAACCACCGUGCCAACACGACUGCAUUACCGAACAUUGCUAUCUCCUUCUCUGGUGGAGGCUACCGUGCGCUGUUGAACGGUGCGGGUGCCUUGUCUGCGUUCGAUAACCGCACAAGAAAUGCAACGAGCAGUGGGCACCUUGGAGGAUUGCUUCAGUCCGCCACAUACGUUUCAGCCCUGUCUGGUGGAGGUUGGAUGAUUGGCAGUAUUUAUGCGAACAAUUUCACAAGUGUGCAGAGCAUUCAAGACAAGGGCGAAGGAACCGAGAUCUGGCAGUUCCAGAACUCCCUCUUCAAGGGUCCUCCAACGGGUGGCGUCCAGCUGCUCUCCACAGCUGACUACUUCCACAACUUGGUUAGCACAGUUAGUGACAAGGUCGACUCAUCAGCAGGAGAUUUCAACUCUUCCAUCACCGAUUACUACGGCCGCGGACUUUCCUUCCAGCUCAUCAACGCUAGCGAUGGUGCUCCAGCGUAUACGUUCUCUUCCAUCCAGGAUGACCAGGCAUUCUCCAAUGGCGAGGCUCCCAUGCCCAUUCUGGUUGCCGAUGAGCGUUCUCCUGGCGAUAUUGUCGUUUCUUUGAAUGCCACCGUUUUUGAGUUCAACCCGUUCGAGAUGGGUUCGUUCGACCCCACCACCUAUGGUUUUGCGCCUUUGAAGUACAUUGGAUCCAACUUUUCCAACGGAGCGCUUCCUCAGAACGACGGCUGUGUCGCCGGUUUUGAUAACCUAGGCUUCAUCAUGGGCACUAGCUCGUCGUUGUUCAACCAGAUCUUCCUCAGCCUGGGUAGCUUUGAUCUCCCUGACUUCCUGACAAGCGUUAUCACAAGUGUCCUGACACACAUUGGAGAGGACCACGACGACAUUGCCGACUACACACCCAACCCGUUCUACGGCUUCCACAACGAUACCAACCCUAGCUUCGACCAUGAGCGCCUUACGCUGGUCGACGGCGGUGAGGAUCUUCAAAACAUCCCCCUGAACCCUGUCAUUCAGCCUAUGCGCAACGUCGAUGUCAUCUUCGCCGUCGAUUCGUCUGCAGACACGAUCGAGCCUUCCGCACCGAACUACCCCAACGGUACCGCGCUUAUCGCGACCUUCGAGCGUGCUGAGACAGCCAUCAUGAACAGGACCUCGUUCCCUUACAUCCCUGGUCACGAUACCUUUGUUGCUCUCGGCCUCAACAACAGGCCCACCUUCUUUGGAUGCAACAGCAGCAACGUUACUUCGGGUGACAACAUCCCUCCUCUCAUCGUCUACCUCCCCAACUCUCCUUACAGCUUCGAAUCCAACACGUCGACUUUCGGCAAGCUUGACUACACACUGGACGAGCGCAACUCUAUGAUCCAGAACGGCUACGAUGUCGUUACUCAGGCCAACUCGACUCGCGAGGGCGCGUCGACCUGGCCGACGUGCGUUGCCUGUGCCAUCCUCUCUAGGAGUUUGGAGCGUAACGGCGAGACUGUUCCUGAUGCGUGUCAGCAGUGCUUCACCGACUACUGCUGGAACGGCACGCUGGCCACUACCUCUGAGCCCUACUUCCCGCAGUUGCGCAACUCUCAGGCGUCCACCAAGGACAGCGGCGUUGGCAAGUUUUCACCCAGCACUGUCGGCUUCGCUCUGGUAGCGGCCGUUUCUGGAUACCUCAUGAUCUAA